AUGACAUACAGCCUCGAUCAGCUCAGCAUCCUGAGCACCAUAGCCAACUCGGCCGGGGGUCUGUCGCUGGUCUUUGGCCUCGUAACAAUCGGCGUUAUCUUGGUCAGACGGAAGCUGCUGCUGAGGAAGAGCAUCAAUCGGAUGGCCUUUGCGAUCAUCAUCUCGGACUGCGUCGCGAGCCUGGGAUUCUCACUCGGAACCUCCACGUAUCAGGAUCCCAGCGCAUGGCCCGGCGCCUGUGCGCUCCAAGCCUCGCUCCUCCAGUUCGGAAACAUCAGCACCAUCUGCUGGAACUUUUUCAUGGCCCUCCAGUGCGUCCACGUUCUUCUGCUCGAUCUCUCCCUGGACCAGACCCGACCGCUGGAAAAGUAUUAUCACCUCGUUGCAUGGUCCACGGCCGUUGCGGUUUCGUUGGGGCUGCUGUACUUUGCAUCCGACGUCUAUGGGGUAGGUCUCUGGUGGUAUGCGAAAUGCAGACGACGCAAGUCGUGCUCUGGGAGAGAGAUGGUCGUUUCGAUGAACAGCGGCGAGGAGAUGCAAGAGUGGCCCAACAUCACUCAGGCUGUCAAUAUGAAGCUGUGGCCAGCGGACCAGUGGUGCUGGAUCAGCGCCAACUACACGCUCUACCGACUGUAUUUCUACUACAUCCCCCUCUGGGCCGUUUUCCUGUUCAACGUUGCGGUCUACAGCCUGAUUCUGCGAGCCCUGCUCAAGUACAAUACCGAGAUCCAACAGUGCUGUGGCCUUGAAGACGGCACGGUAAACGACACAGGCGGCUGUGGCCAAGAAAACGGAGCUGAAAGAGCAAGAGCAACACGAACAGGACGAGCAAGUGGAAGGGCGGGUCGAGCCGACAACAACGGAAACGGCGACAUCAACUCGGUCACUCGGCAAUUCGCCGUUCGUUCGAUGCUCUACACCCUGGCGUUUCUCAUGGCCUGGCUCCCAGCGACCAUCAAUCGGGUCUACCUGGCCAUUCGGCCAAGCUAUCCGCUUUUUGUGCUGAGCUGUGUGCAUACGUUCUGCACCAGCAUGAUGGGCUUUAUCAAUUGCGCCGUUUUCCAUCUCACGACGUACAAAACCCCAUCUCCAACUCGGCCGCGAGCGUCGCUUGCUGCCAAAGGCGUACGGCCGAGCGCCGCGGCUGUCCGGCCGAAAUUCACGGCACAAGCUCCUCCAAAGCCGAUUGUUCUCAGCGGGAUCUGCAGCGAGGGCAGUGAUGGCGUCGAGGCCCGGAGCGGGUCUGAAGUGGCGGGCCAGAAACCAGGCCCGGUGACCACGCAGCGAUGACCAUUCAUUUGAAUAGUCAGUGCGGGACCCGGCUGGCUGGAUGCGACGUUUGAGCGCCCCGCACUUCCUAUCCAUCGCAGGCACAGCUGGGCUUGUCGACUAUGUACAAAAAUCUGGCUUUACUCCGUGAGCAAACACACAAACAAAACAAGAGAGCGAAUCCAAAACAGGAUGGAGGACGAGGUGAAGCGCGAUUGCAGAACACGGGCCUCCGAACGAAUACAUUCACAACCCGACACCAGUCGUGUGGAUUUCUUCCAAGGACGACCC